AUGGCAUUGCCCAGCGAAAGAGGCGACCUGAACCGCCACCAUGCUGCCUCGGCUUCGGAUUGCCAGGUCGUUACAACAGAGACUCAUGAUUACCAGCAGGUAUCUCAGAGCUAUUGCGGCUUCGGCAUCGAGUCAAUAUGGCAAGAAUUCGAUUCCAGAAAGCGAUCCGCAGAGUAUCAUCUAAACAAAGUGCGCGAAUGUUUGCAUUAUUUCAAGGGUCCAGACGAUGCAACCACAGCUCUGGAAUGUCAAGAUGUUGUUCUUGGCCAACACGCCGUCAAUAAAGAUAGCCAGUACCAAUGGCACCUCAAGGUCGAAUACGACAAAGCCGCCCGUGACCUCAUUGUUAUGGAGAACAUUCUCAAAAUACUCAUGUCCAACGAUUCGAGUGCAGCUGAGGUUAGAAGUCACUUUGCCAGCGCGGCAAUGUCGCUCACGUUUUUUACGGGAUCCUGUUUUAUUGCUAGUAAGAAUUACGACCAGAUUUGGGACAUUGGAGCUUUGACUGGAGCUCUUUAUGGAGGGUACAACAUGGCGAAAUCAUCCUAUCGUGGAGCCCACGGAUACCUUCGGAUGACAGCUCUAGAAAGAUGUGACCGAAUUGUGAAAUCUUUCAGGAAUAGAAUCCAGAAUCAGACGAUCGAGGAAGAAGAUUGCGCUUCUUUCAAAAGUUACUGGUUUACAAUGUUGAAUCAGUUCAGGCCUGAAAAUGGGAUGGAUGAAGACGAUGUGUCUGGCAACAUCAGACAAGCACAUCAAAUUUCAUAUGAUGCUGUUGGAUCUCGCAAUGAUGCUCAUUUUUACACAACUGAAUAA